GCCUCCUUAACUGCAAGUCCAUUGUAUGGUCUGAAGCGAAUGGGUUGGAACGCGAAGAUAGGAAUCGGAGCCUCCGCGCCGACUCACCGAGUCACCCCAAUGUCCGCCACUCUCUCUCCCACUACUCUCUCCAACGCUCUUCGUCCUCCUCCACACAGACACAGCCUCGUCCUCCUCAACACCUGGUCCUCCCGCCGGCGCGCCCUCCGUUUCCACUCUCCCCGUACUCGCCCUCUCCAUCUCACAGUCCGAGCCUCCUCGCCGGACCUCCCAGCUUCUCCAGCGAAAGAUGUUGAGAAUGUGGUUAUUAUAGGUUCGGGUCCUGCUGGAUACACGGCGGCAAUAUACGCAGCUCGUGCCAAUUUGAAGCCUUUAGUGUUUGAGGGAUAUCAAGUAGGCGGUGUUCCUGGGGGACAGUUGAUGACUACCACUGAAGUGGAGAAUUUUCCAGGGUUCCCUGAUGGAAUAACCGGUCCAGAUUUGAUGGACAGGAUGCGACGGCAAGCUGAGCGUUGGGGAGCAGAAUUGUUCCAGGAAGAUGUGGAAUCUCUUGAUGUAAAAAGUAGUCCUUUUACCGUGCAAAGUAGUGAACGUAAGGUUAAGUGCCACAGUAUUAUUUUUGCCACAGGAGCUACUGCAAGAAGGCUCAGUUUACCCCGUGAAGAUGAAUUUUGGAGUAGGGGAAUUAGUGCUUGUGCUAUUUGUGAUGGAGCAUCACCGUUGUUUAAGGGGCAAGUUCUGGCUGUCGUUGGAGGGGGUGAUACAGCUACUGAGGAAGCAUUAUACCUAACUAAAUAUGCUCGUAAAGUUCAUUUACUUGUACGUGGGGACCAUCUAAAGGCUUCCAGAGCAAUGCAAGAUAGAGUGUACAACAAUCCAAAUGUCACCGUGCACUUCAAUACAGAGACUUUGGAUGUUGUUAGCAAUACAAAAGGCCAGAUGUCUGGAAUUUUAGUUCGAAAACGUGAUACUGGGGAGGAAUCUGUGCUUGACGCAAAAGGGUUAUUCUAUGGUAUAGGUCAUUCGCCGAAUAGCCAGUUGUUGGAAGGUCAAGUUAAGCUUGACAGCUCUGGCUAUGUGUUGGUUGAAGAGGGUACUGCAAGAACUUCAGUUGAAGGAGUAUUUGCUGCUGGAGAUGUGCAGGACCAUGAAUGGAGGCAAGCAGUAACUGCUGCUGGAUCUGGAUGCAUUGCUGCUUUGUCAGUCGAGAGAUAUCUUGUGGGCAAAGAUCUCCUUGUUGAGUUUCACCAGCCGCAAACUGAAGAAGUCAGGAAGGAACUCACAGACAGGGAUGUUCGAGAGGGUUUUGACAUUACACUUACAAAGCAUAAGGGCGAGUAUGCGUUACGAAAAUUGUACCAUGAAAGUCCAAGGCUUAUAUGUGUACUAUAUACUGCACCAACAUGUGGUCCAUGUAGGACUUUGAAGCCAAUUCUUAGUAAGGUGAUAGAUGAGUUUGAUCAGAAUGUACAUUUUGUUGAAAUUGAUAUCGAGGAAGAUCCAGAAGUAGCAGAAGCAGCUGGAAUUAUGGGUACGCCAUGUGUGCAGUUUUUCAAAAAUAAGGAAAUGCUCAGGACCGUAUCAGGGGUGAAAAUGAAGAGAGAGUACAAAGAAUUCAUUGAAGCAAAUAAAUGAGAAUAUUUCAAAGCCUCAUUUUAUGAUCCAAUUUUGUUCCUCCCAAACAGUCUAGUUGAAUAAAAAUGGCAUCAAUUUUUACAAUGAUAUCUCAUGAUUGACGAACUACACUGUACUGUACAUUAUACAAGCCGAGCUAUCAAUUCAUUGGCAUGGGUUUUAAA